AUGAAUGAUUUUGGAAGCUACCCUCCGCCGAACUUUGGCUCUCCUCCAGGUUCGAUGGUGAGACCGCCGACGUUCCAUCCACCUCCUAGCAACUUCCAGCCCAGUAUGUGGAACUGGUACGAGCCGCCAUCCGAGCCGUGGAGCUACAACGGCCAGGGAGAACACUGGAACGGCGGCCCCGAACCCGGUCGACCCAGAGGCUCAUAUGGUGAGUACUAUACUAAUACUAACAAGGAGAGUUCUGGUACUAGUAGCGGCCUGGCUGAGAGCCCCUGGUGGACUACUGUUACUGUCAGGUCUGUUGAAGGAAACUCCCAUGACGCAUUUUAGUGGGGUAGGGCCGACUAAGCGUGGCCCAGUAUAAUGGAGGUCUAUAAUUUGGGCUAGGUUGAACCAAUAUCUGGGCAGAGGAGAUGCUGGUUCAGGGCUAGGUCUGACUAAACUUGACUUGAAAGCACUUCUCCUGCAUCAUUAUCAGAACAGAAGUGUCAGAUUGGUGAUGACUGAACUGAACCCAGCUGUAGGCUACAUGUCAUAAUAUUGUGGUAUUGACCAUUGACCCACAGGCCGGAACUUCCAUCGUGGACAUGGAAACGGAAGGCAGGACUAUGGUCCUCCCAACAACCAGUGGAAAAAGGUAGUACAUCCACUAUCAAACUAAAAGCCAGGUCUCUGAUAUAUCUACAGGUAACUGCCAAAGUAAUGGAAAAACAUUAACAACUCCUUUCUAAUAUUGAAUUGCACCCCCUCUUUGCCCUCAGAACAGCCUCAAUUUGUCAGGGCAUGGACUCUACAAGGUGUCGAAAGCGUUCCACAGGGAUGCUGGCCCAUGUUGACUCAAUGCUUCCCACAGUUGUCAAGUUGGAUGGAUGUUCUUUGGGUGGUGGACAAUUCUUGAUACACACAGGAAACCGUUGAGUGUGAAAAACCCAGCAGCGUUGCAGUUCUUGACACAAGCCUGGCACCGACUACCAUACCCCGUUCAACUACAGUUAAAUAUUUUGUCUUGCCCAUUCACCCUCUGAAUGGCACACAUACACAAUCCAUGUCUCAAGGCUUAAAAAUCCUUAUUUAACCUGUCUCCUCCCCUUAGUCUCCUCCCCUUAGUCUCCUCCCCUUAGUCUCCUCCCCUUAGUCUCCUCCCCUUAGUCUCCUCCCCUUAGUCUCCUCCCCUUAGUCUCCUCCCCUUAGUCUCCUCCCCUUCUACACCUUCAUCAACACAUGGGCAACUUUGAUGGGGAUGGCAGCCACAAAAAAAGGAAGUCAUCAUGAGGGUCCCAGUGGCUCGUGGGUCUUCGUACCCACAUCCAUUUUGUUUUCCAUCAACAAAACACCAAACGAUGGAGUUUCUCAUGGAACAAUGGUGUCGCCUCCCUCCAACAGAGUUCCAGACGCUUGUAGAAUCUGUCCCAAGGUGCCUUGAAGCAGUUCUGACCGCUGGUGGCCCAACGCCCAAUUAAAGGGAAUGGAAAAUGUUACUUCCUAUUCAUGAUCUCCAGCACCACCCCAACAUCAACAAUGAGAAAAUGGUGCGUUUUCUAUGUUUUUUUAGUAAAACAGAUUGAGGAAGAUGGGUGUUUCCAAUGACGACGUCGGUGUACAUCGUUUUGAUUUGAACCAAUUAUGAGGCCUUGCCUACUAAUUGUCUAUUAAUGAUGAUGUCAUUGGAAACACUUAUCUUCCUCUGUUUUACUCCAAAACAUAGAAACGCUCCAUUUUCACAUGUUGGGGUGUUGCUGCAGAUGAUGAAUAUGAAGUGGUGACGUUUCCCUUUAAGACACUGUGUUGGGGUGCUGCUGCAGAUGAUGAAUAUGAAGUGGUGACGUUUCCCUUUAAGACACUGUGUUGAGGUGCUGCUGGAGAUGAUGAAUAUGAAGUGGUGACGUUUCCCUUUAAGACACUGUGUUGGGGUGUUGCUGCAGAUGAUGAAUAUGAAGUGGUGACGUUUCCCUUUAAGACACUGUGUUGGGGUGUUGCUGCAGAUGAUGAAUAUGAAGUGGUGAAGUUUCCCUUUAAGACACUGUGUUGGGGUGCUGCUGCAGAUGAUGAAUAUGAAGUGGUGAAGUUUCCCUUUAAGACACUGUGUUGGGGUGUUGCUGCAGAUGAUGAAUAUGAAGUGGUGACAUUUCCCUUUAAGACACUGUGUUGGGGUGUUGCUGCAGAUGAUGAAUAUGAAGUGGUGACGUUUCCCUUUAAGACACUGUUGCUGUUUCCUUUAUUUGGUGACGUUUCCCUUUAAGACACUGUGUUGCUGUUUCCUUUAUUUUGGCAGUUACCUGUACAUACAACAUAAACAGGAAGAUGGGGCGGCAGGUGCAGUGAGGGGAAAAAAGUAUUUGAUCCCCUGCUGAUUUUGUACAUUUGCCCACUGACAACGACAUUAUCAGUCUAUAAUUUUAAAUGUAUGUUUAUUUGAACAGUGAGAGACUGAAUAACAACAAAAAUCCAGAAAAACGCAUGUCAAAAAUGUUAUACAUUGAUUUGCAUUUUAAUGAGGGAAAUAAGUAUUUGACCCCUCUGCAAAACAUGACUUAGUACUUGGUGGCAAAACCCUUGUUGGCAAUCACAGAGGUCAGACAUUUCUUGUAGUUGGCCACCAGGUUUGCACACAUCUCAGGAGGGAUUUUGUCCCACUCCUCUUUGCAGAUCUUCUCCAAGUAAUUAAGGUUUCGAGGCUGACGUUUGGCAACUCGAACCUUCAGCUCCCUCCAUAGAUUUUCUAUGGGAUUAAGGUCUGGAGACUGGCGUCAGCUACAUUGUCUUAGAUUGGUCAGUCUAGCGGCCAGUUAUUUAAAGCAUGGUUGAAUUUCCGACCAGGGUGGGGCCCAUUGAUCAUCAGUUAUCAUAUUAAAAACUGCAAGCAUUCGCCUCCACCCUAUCGCAAAAUGAAUAGAAUUGAAUGAAAUUAGUGAAAAAUUGCAGAAUUCUCUCCGCCCCAGGGCAAAAUGGGCAGAAUUCUCUCCGCCCCAGGGCAAAAUGGGCAGAAUUCUCUCCGCCCCAGGGCAAAAUGGGCAGAAUUCUCUCCGCCCCAGGGCAAAAUGGGCAGAAUUCUCUCCGCCCCAGGGCAAAAUGGGCAGAAUUCUCUCCGCCCCAGGGCAAAAUGGGCAGAAUUCUCUCCGCCCCAGGGCAAAAUGGGCAGAGUUCUCUCCGCCCCAGGGCAAAAUGGGCAGAGUUCUCUCCGCCCCAGGGCAAAAUGGGCAGAGUUCUCUCCGCCCCAGGGCAAAAUGGGCAGAGUUCUCUCCGCCCCAGGGCAAAAUGGGCAGAGUUCUCUCCGCCCCAGGGCAAAAUGGGCAGAAUUCUCUCCGCCCCAGGGCAAAAUGGGCAGAGUUCUCUCCGCCCCAGGGCAAAAUGGGCAGAGUUCUCUCCGCCCCAGGGCAAAAUGGGCAGAAUUCUCUCCGCCCCAGGGCAAAAUGGGCAGAAUUGCAGGAAAUGAACUUUAAAACGUAAAUUUUUUUUCUCCUGUCAUGAGGGGGCCGCUAAAAUGUUUUGCUCGCAAGGUGUGUGGGGGUGUAUGGAUGUAGCUACACAGACCCUCUAUAGCCCCUCAUGAUGAGUUGUGUUUCUUUGUGGCCCCCGCUCCCAUCAGUUGUCCAGCCCUGUCUUACAGUGUAACACUCCAAUUGGGAUACUGAUUUGACUGUAAUGGUUCAAAUGUUUUUCUUUCCAGCAGAAAAAUAAAAAAGAACCAGUUUUUUCACAUUUCUGUGACCCGUGUGACAGAGGCUUCAAAAACCAAGACAAGUACGACGAACACGUCUCUCAACAUGUCAAGGUAACGGAUUCUCAUGAUCCAAUGAUUCUGAGGUGAUGAACUGAACGUGAUGACAUCAUACUAGGUCAUCAGGGUUCCAAGUUUCCAUUGUUAGUCUACCUUUAGUAAAACAGGAAAAGCAUUGUGUUAGUCUACCUUUAGUAAAACAGGCAAAGCAUUGUGUUAGUCUACCUUUAGUAAAACAGGCAAAGCAUUGUGUUAGUCUACCUUUAGUAAAACAGGCAAAGCAUUGUGUUGGUCUGCCUUUAGUAAAACAGGCAAAGCAUUGUGUUAGUCUACCUUUAGUAAAACAGGAAAAGCAUUGUGUUAGUCUGCCUUUAGUAAAACAGGCAAAGCAUUGUGUUAGUCUACCUUUAGUAAAACAGGCAAAGCAUUGUGUUGGUCUGCCUUUAGUAAAACAGGCAAAGCAUUGUGUUAGUCUACCUUUAGUAAAACAGGCAAAGCAUUGUGUUAGUCUACCUUUAGUAAAACAGGCAAAGCAUUGUGUUAGUCUACCUUUAGUAAAACAGGCAAAGCAUUGUGUUGGUCUGCCUUUAGUAAAACAGGAAAAGCAUUGUGUUAGUCUACCUUUAGUAAAACAGGCAAAGCAUUGUGUUAGUCUACCUUUAGUAAAACAGGCAAAGCAUUGUGUUAGUCUACCUUUAGUAAAACAGGAAAAGCAUUGUGUUAUUCUACCUUUAGUAAAACAGGAAAAGCAUUGUGUUAGUCUACCUCUAGUAAAACAGGCAAAGCAUUGUGUUAGUCUACCUUUAGUAAAACAGGCAAAGCAUUGUGUUAGUCUACCUUUAGUAAAACAGGAAAAGCAUUGUGUUAGUCUACCUUUAGUAAAACAGGCAAAGCAUUGUGUUAGUCUACCUUUAGUAAAACAGGCAAAGCAUUGUGUUAGUCUACCUUUAGUAAAACAGGCAAAGCAUUGUGUUAGUCUACCUUUAGUAAAACAGGCAAAGCAUUGUGUUGGUCUGCCUUUAGUAAAACAGGCAAAGCAUUGUGUUAGUCUACCUUUAGUAAAACAGGCAAAGCAUUGUGUUAGUCUACCUUUAGUAAAACAGGCAAAGCAUUGUGUUAGUCUACCUUUAGUAAAACAGGCAAAGCAUUGUGUUGGUCUGCCUUUAGUAAAACAGGCAAAGCAUUGUGUUAGUCUACCUUUAGUAAAACAGGCAAAGCAUUGUGUUAGUCUACCUUUAGUAAAACAGGCAAAGCAUUGUGUUAGUCUACCUUUAGUAAAACAGGCAAAGCAUUGUGUUAGUCUGCCUUUAGUAAAACAGGAAAAGCAUUGUGUUAGUCUACCUUAAGUAAAACAGGCAAAGCAUUGUGUUAGUCUACCUUUAGUAAAACAGGCAAAGCAUUGUGUUAGUCUACCUUUAGUAAAACAGGAAAAGCAUUGUGUUAGUCUACCUUUAGUAAAACAGGCAAAGCAUUGUGUUAGUCUACCUUUAGUAAAACAGGCAAAGCAUUGUGUUAGUCUACCUUUAGUAAAACAGGAAAAGCAUUGUGUUAGUCUACCUUUAGUAAAACAGGCAAAGCAUUGUGUUAGUCUACCUUUAGUAAAACAGGCAAAGCAUUGUGUUAGUCUACCUUUAGUAAAACAGGCAAAGCAUUGUGUUAGUCUACCUUUAGUAAAACAGGCAAAGCAUUGUGUUAGUCUACCUUUAGUAAAACAGGCAAAGCAUUGUGUUAGUCUACCUUUAGUAAAACAGGCAAAGCAUUGUGUUAGUCUACCUUUAGUAAAACAGGCAAAGCAUUGUGUUAGUCUACCUUUAGUAAAACAGGCAAAGCAUUGUGUUAGUCUACCUUUAGUAAAACAGGCAAAGCAUUGUGUUAGUCUACCUUUAGUAAAACAGGCAAAGCAUUGUGUUAGUCUACCUUUAGUAAAACAGGCAAAGCAUUGUGUUAGUCUACCUUUAGUAAAAGAGACUUCUGUUUUCUAGUGCUCGGUUGAAGACUGCAGCUUCACUGCUCAUGAGAAGCUGGUCAACAUUCACUGGAAGAAUGUAAGUAGUAACCCCCAUUAACCCUAACCCCCAUUAACCCCUAACCUGACCCCCAUUAACCCUAACCUGACCCCCAUUAACCCUAACCUGACCCCCAUUAACCCCUAACCUGACCCCCAUUAACCCCUAACCUGACCCCAUUAACCCUAACCUGACCCCCAUUAACCCUAACCUGACCCCCAUUAACCCUAACCUGACCCCCAUUAACCCUCACCUGACCCCCAUUAACCCUCACCUGACCCCCAUUAACCCUCACCUGACCCCCAUUAACCCUAACCUGACCCCCUCUUCAUCUGGAUAGUCAUAAUGAACCUAGACCAUAGACCCCCUCUUCAUCUGGAUAGAGUCAUAAUGAACCUAGACCAUAGACCCCCUCUUCAUCUGGAUAGAGUCAUAAUGAACCUAGACCAUAGACCCCCUCUUCAUCUGGAUAGAGUCAUAAUGAACCUAGACCAUAGACCCCCUCUUCAUCUGGAUAGACUCAUAAUGAACCUAGACCAUAGACCCCCUCUUCAUCUGUAUAGAGUCAUAAUGAACCUAGACCAUAGACCCCCUCUUCAUCUGUAUAGAGUCAUAAUGAACCUAGACCAUAGACCCCCUCUUCAUCUGUAUAGAGUCAUAAUGAACCUAGACCAUAGACCCCUCUUCAUCUGUAUAGAGUCAUACAUUAACCUGACUCCUCCUGUAUAAAACAUACAUUACCCUAACUCCUCCUGUAUAGAACAUACAUUACCCUAACUCCUCCUGUAUAAAACAUACAUUACCCUGACUCCUCCUGUAUAGAACAUACAUUACCCUAACUCCUCCUGUAUAAAACAUACAUUACCCUAACUCCUCCUGUAUAGAACAUACAUUACCCUAACUCCUCCUGUAUAGAACAUACAUUACCCUAACUCCUCCUGUAUAGAACAUACAUUACCCUAACUCCUCCUGUAUAAAACAUACAUUACCCUGACUCCUCCUGUAUAGAACAUACAUUACCCUGACUCCUCCUGUAUAGAACAUACAUUACCCUGACUCCUCCUGUAUAGAACAUACAUUACCCUGACUCCUCCUGUAUAGAACAUACAUUACCCUAACUCCUCCUGUAUAAAACAUACAUUAACCUAACUCCUCCUGUACCAUCUCCUAUAGAACCAUGCCCCAGGAGCAAAGAGAAUCAAGCUGGACACUGAAGAGGAGAUCUCUAAAUGGAGAGAGGAGCGGCGC